ACGUGUGUACAAAGGGGCAGUUUUUUUGAUUUUGUCUUUACCUCUGUGUGUGUGUGUUUUUUUCUUUUAUUUUCUCUGUUUCUCUCCUUGUAAUGGAUCAAUUGUCUAGUUUUGGGCAAUAUGAUUUCGUAGAGUUGAGGUUUCCAUGUUUGGUUUUAGUAUGUUUGAGUAAAGUUCUAAUUUUUUCUUCUGAAUUUCUAUUUGGUGUUUGCAGUUGAAAUUUUGUUGAGAAGCAAUGCGGUUUUUUCUUUUAUUUGAUGAAUUUUCUUGCAUUUUGAGCUGCUGUAAACUCAAGAUUUUGGGGAUUUCUCUUGUUGAUGAAGUGGUGAAAGAGUAAACACUAAUAAAAUAAAUUGAAAUUAGGCUAGAUUUUAUCAAGAUUUGAGUGCUUUGCUUUUGGAACUAGAAAUUCUUGAAGUUCACUAGUUAAUUAUUCACUAAAUCACACUUGAAAACCUAAGGGCUGUCUCCCUCAAUUAGGAUUCUUGAAUUGCUGUAUUUUUAGUGUGUUUUUGAGGCAGUCUGCAUUCAUGUUUUUUGAUAGAAUCAAUGGCUUUCUUCUCUUUAAACCAGGUAAAGAUUUAACUUAUCAUUUAUCACUUAGGCUAGAUUUUGUCAAGAUUUGAGUGCUUUGCUUUUGGAGCUAGAAAUUCUUGAAGUUCACUAGUUAAUUAUUCACUAAAUCACACUUGAAAACCUGUUUGCUGCAGUGUGUUAGCUGAAGGGCUUUCUCCCUCAAUUGGGACUCAUGAAUUGCUAUAUUUUAGUGUGUUUUUUGAGGCAAUCUGCAUUCAUCUUUUUCUGAUGGAAUCAAUGGCUUUCUUCUCUUUAAACCAGGUAAAGAUUUAACCAGUUUGUGUAGCUGUUGAUCAAAUCUUUCGUCUUAUCACUUAGCAGCAAGAAAAGAGCAGAAAAAGGUUUGUGGGAUGCGAAGCUUAUCCAUGAAAGAUUCUGACCGAACCUCUGCUGACUCGUUUCCAACGUUGUUUGGCAGCCGUAUGCCUAUGUGGUUCUCUGCCAAGCAGCCCGAGAUACCCGUCUCCAAGAGCGUGGCCACGGAGCUGGAAGCCACAAAAGAGCACGAUUUUUACCAUCUCAAGCUGUCCGACUCUCACUACCAAGAACAAGAUUCUUCCUCAACUCUGUCCACGGAUCAGUCUCAUUCUCAUCAUGAAGGAUCCACCUCAGCUGGAAGCGACGUUCAGAUGAAGAACGUGUCGUUCCAGCCCGAGUAUCCGAGCCAUCAUCAAGUUCAGAUGGAACACAAUCAAUCAUCGGAUUGGGCGUCUUACUCCAUGGCUGCGGCUGCACCUUAUUUUGGAGGCAGGAUGACAGCUGCAUAUGAUCCAAAUGCUGCUAUUUAUCCUCAAAUGGCGGGGGUCGGACAGGCAAGGGCCGUGCUACCUCUGGAUCACAAUCAAGGCAUCCCCAUGUUCGUCAACGCAAAGCAAUACCAUGCCAUUCUCAGGCGUCGUCAAACCAGAGCUAAGCUCGAGGCUCAGAAUAAGGUGGCAAGAACAAGAAAGCCAUAUCUCCACGAGUCUCGCCACCACCACGCUCUGAGGAGAGCUCGGGGUUCGGGAGGGCGUUUCUUGAACACGAAGAAGUCGGACCCCACGGCUCAAGAAUCCGAGGUCCAGCACUCCGAGGGCAGCAGCAGCUGGGACACGUCCACCACAUCUGGAUCUGAUGUCUCCUACAUAUUCAACAACGGCGACUUCUUCCAACAACCGCGCAUGGGGACACAAUCGCAUAUGGCGGCACGCAACGACAUGCUCCUGUUAUCCAUGGACAGAUGCGGGGCGCAAAUCCGCUCUACGACGUGAUUGCGCCGCUCCCUUUGUAAGUGAUAAACCUGCCUAAAAUCACAAUGUAACCCAAGACUCCCGACCCUUUUGAAAAAUGAUAUUAAGGAGAAGCUGAGAAGGGAAACUCGAUCCAAUGCAGUAUUAAGAGCAUCCACAGUGGGUCACGUUGAGUAGGCCUGCUUAUUUGGAUAUCGAAUAUCGGUUAUUUCCGAACCGAACCGAAAUCCGCCGGUUAUCAGGUAAUCGAUAUCCGAUAUUUGGUUAAAUGAUACGGUUAUGGGUAUGACUUUUGAGAUUUUUUGGUUAUUGGGCAUACUCGAUAACCGAUAGGGUAUACCCGAUUAACCGAUUUAUUUAGUUUUAGAAUUAUAAAAUAUAAUUUUAUAUUUAAUUUGAUAUCUCUAUUAUAUAAUUGUAGAAACAUUACCCGAAAGGAAAGCUAUCACCUAUCAACUUAUUUUUUAUUGUUAUCA